AUGUUUCUCGUACUUACUGCUUUUUUGCCAGUAUUUUUCAAAAUUGAUUUUGUUAGCCUCUCCGCUUUACAGCACUGGAACUGUCCCAGGGGAUACCGAUUGGGGAAUGAAAACUCCACUUGUAUAGAUAUUGAUGAAUGCCUUGAAGGUGGUCUAGGUACCUGUGGCCAAACUUGUGUCAAUGUUCCAGGGUCCUAUUUGUGCUCCUGUUUGCCUGGCUACACUCUGGAUAAUGACAAGUGGUCCUGUUAUGCUGAUGAUCCUGCACCAUUCCUAAUUUUUAGCCAUGGAAAUGCCAUCUUCAGAAUUGACAGAGAGGGGACCAAUCACGAACGGCUAGUUGCCAAUGCUGGCGUAUCAGUGCUCAUAGAUUUUCAUUACAAAGAGGAGAAAAUGUAUUGGUUGGACUCUGAAAAAGGGCUUCUGCAACGAGUGUACCUGAAUGGCACAAAACAAGAGAGACUACGCUAUGUUGAAAAAGGUGUUGCAGGGUUUGCCAUCAACUGGAUAAAUCAAGAUAUUCUUUGGGCCAACCACCAGAAAGCAACUAUUGAAGCAACUGACUUGAAUGGAAACAAUUCCCGAGUCCUUUUAAAGGACGUAGGUCAUCCCACAAGUAUUGCUGUUGACCCUGGGAAAAGGUUUAUAUUUUGGUCUUCAGAUGGUGCUCUUUCCAGCGUUCACAGAGCAAUCCUUGAUGGAACUGACAUGAGAAUUGUUUUGAGGACCACAGAAAAAAUAAAGACCAUCUCAUUGGAUUUUAUUGACACAAGACUCUUUUGGAUCCAGUAUGACAGUGAGGAAGAUGUUUCACGCAUUGGCUCAUGUGACUAUAAUGGUGGCUCUAUUCAUUUGCCCAAACAUUCUGCCCGACACCGUUUAUUUGGCAUAUCUCUGUUUGCUGAGCACUUCUACUAUCCAGACCCAAAAACUGACAUGAUCCGGAGAGCCAAUAAAUUUUCAGGAAAGGUUAUAGUCACAAUCAGCCUGAAACCAUCAUUUUUGCCACCUGCUGAAAUAAAAGUGGUGCAUCCAUUUAAACAGCCCGGUGCAAGAACAGAUGCUCGAGAUUUUGAACACAGAUCCUGCCAUUUGAACAAAGAAAACUGCAAGAGAAGAAUCUGCAAGGAUGACUCCAAGACCCAUCGGUGCAAGUGUUCGAAUGGAUUUGUUUUGAGUAGAAAUAGGCAAUACUGUGAAGAUGUCAAUGAAUGUGCUUUUUGGAACCAUGGCUGUACUCUGGGAUGUGUAAAUAUCCCUGGCUCCUAUUACUGUACAUGCCCACGAGGUUUUGUUCUGCUGCCUGAUAGAAAAACAUGUCACGAGCUCAUUUCCUGUGCAAAUAAUCACACUGAAUGCAGCCAUGGUUGUCUUGAAACAUCUAGAGGGCCUGUUUGCUUUUGUCCAGAGGGAUCGGUGCUCAUAGUAGAUGAGAAAACAUGCUCAGGUUGUACAUCUCUGGAUAAUGGUGAAUGUAGCCAGAUUUGUACCUCUUUAAGUCCAUCUUCCUGGGAGUGUGGUUGUUUUCCUGGAUAUAAGCUGCAGGCGGAUAAAAGACACUGCACUGCUAUAGGCCCCAGGCCAUUUUUGUUGUUUGCAAACGGCCAGGACAUCCGCCGCAUCAGUUUUGAUGGAACAGAUUACACAAGUUUACUCGACUGGCAGAUGGGAAUGGUUUUAGCACUGGACUAUGACCCAGUUGAAAGUAAGAUUUAUUUUGCACACACAGCCUUGAAGUGGAUAGAACGAGCUGAUCUGGAUGGCUCAAAUCGUGAAAAAAUUAUUUGUGAAGCUAUAGAUAUACCUGAAGGUCUUGCUGUGGACUGGAUUAACCGUAAAUUAUAUUGGACAGACAGAGGGAAGUCGUACAUUGGGAGGAGUGAGUUGAACGGAAUGCACAGAGAAAUGAUCAUCAAGGAGGACAUCUUCCAGCCCCGAGGGAUUGCUGUUCACCCACUAGCUAAGAGAUUAUUCUGGACCGACUUGGGGGUCAACCCACGGAUCGAAAGUGCUUCCCUACAAGGCAUUGAUCGUCUGGUUAUAGCUAGCACUGACCUGGUUUGGCCCAGUGGAAUUACUGUCGACUGCUUAGCUGACAAGUUAUACUGGUGUGAUGCUAAACAGUCUGUUAUUGAAACUGCAAAUCUGGAUGGUUCUAAACGCCGAAUACUUACACAGAAUGAUGUAGGCCAUCCAUUUGAUGUAGCAGUAUUUGAGGAUCAUGUUUGGUUCUCUGACUGGGCUAAGCCUUCAUUAACAAGGGUGGACAAGAAGACCGGCCAAAACAGGGUACGUCUCCGAGGCAGCAUGCUGAGACCCUCAUCAGUGAUUGUAGUUCAUCCUUUGGCAAAACCAGGAGCAGAUCCCUGCCUUCAUGAGAAUGGAGGCUGUGAUCAGAUCUGUGAAGACAGAUUUGGAGUUGCCCAUUGCUCAUGUCACAAAGGCUUUUUGAAAACCCAACAUGGAAAAACCUGUCAGGCUCUGAAUAUUCCUGAGACAGCAGCAGGGGGUAUCUCUGUACACAAGAAAGCAGCACCACAGGAUAAAACAGCAACACUGGAAACCUUAUACCAAAGUCCACUGAAUAGUGGGACAUACGGGGAUACUAACAAUGGGGAGGAGCUACAGACUCAACACUUGUUGAUGGCUGAAAUCAUGGUGUCUGAUCGAGAUGACUGUGCUGUGUUAGAAUGCAACGUCAACGCCCAGUGUGUUCCCCUGGAAGAUGGUGCUAUGUGUCAGUGUUUGAAAGGAUUUACCAGGGAGGGUAAAUCAUGCUAUGAUGUUGAUGAGUGUGCUCUUAACAUGGACCGCUGUAAUCGACACCUAUCGGACUGUAUCAAUACUGAAGGUGGCUAUGUCUGCAAGUGUCUGGAGGGCUACCGUGGAGAUGGGCUUCAUUGUUCUGAUAUCGAUGAAUGCAAGCUGGGGACACACACAUGUGGAGAAAACACUGUCUGCACCAAUACUGAAGGAAACUACACUUGCACUUGCAUUAAUGGUCUAUCCAGAACUGGGGACAACUGUACUGAAUCUGCCAUGCCUUCUACCACGAGCACCAGUGGUGACAACGUUUCCUCUGAACAAGAUGGUUUUAUGGGCUGCCCUCCUUCAUACGAGUCCUACUGUCUUCAUGGUGGAGUUUGUAUUUAUGUUUCAAUUCUACAAGACUAUGCGUGCACCUGUGUGACUGGUUACGUGGGGGAGCGCUGUCAGUUCAGCGACUUGGAAUGGUGGGAACAGCAGCAUGUGGAGCAAAUAAAGAAGAGGAACAUCACAAUUGCAGUUUGUAUAGUUGUGCUGCUCCUGCUGCUCCUCCUGGGAUCUCUUGCUGCUUACUGUUACAGAAGUCAGAACUUUUAUAAGGAUCCAUAUGCAGAAGCGAUAAGAAAUGCCAGCAGCAGCAGCAGUGCCGACAGUGAGAACGUGACACCUACUAGCAAUAAGUCUCGGUUCAUUGUUGUGAUGGCACGUAACAGUCAUGGGGAAGGCAGAGCUGUCAAUCUAAUGGACCGUGAGACGACCGAUCACAGUCACUCCUGCCCUUCGGAGUCCGCAUAUGCACCGCCUCAGCCUGCAACAAACAACAAAGCAGCACAGAUGCUAGCAGAAGAGGAGAGAGAGCAGGGCUGCCGGCAACAUCUUCUCGAUGGUAGGAAGCCUCAGCUUGGUGAAGCAGAGAGGAGCCCUCACCAGCUUCAGUGGAGCAUCAGCCCCAUUACGAUGUUGGAAAAUGACCUUCACUCCCCAGCACCAUCCAGCCUGUUAAUGCAGCCCAAUUAAAGGGUCCAGGGUAGUAUGGAACUGAAACUUACAAACUGAAGCAAUAUUUUUUCUUUAAACUGUACAUUAAAAAAAAAAAAACCCUUACCAGUCUUUCCUUAUCAUCUCUGCUUAGAAGCAUUGCAGAGACGAAUAUACCAGUGCGAAAUAUCCUAUUACAUUUUUAAUAUCACUGUAAAGGUCCUACUAAUUGCAGCUAAGAGGACACUGGGUGAGAACUCACCCCAGGUGGUGACCAUUAGAAACAAA